AAUCACACCAAGCUGAUCUUGGCUGUUGCCAUCUGUGUUUCAGUGGCUUCCGCUUCUGUAGCCACUGCGGUCACAUUCUCGUCCCAGCGCUCUAAAAGAGGUGUGCUAGAGCUGGCGGGAAUGAUCCAGUGCAGUACAGGCAGAUCGCCUCUGGCUUACCUUUCGUACGGGUGCUACUGUGGACUCGGGGGCCAAGGCUGGCCCCGGGAUAGGACUGACUGGUGCUGCCACAAACAUGACUGCUGCUAUGACAGUGCUGAGCGCCAAGGUUGUCACACCAAAACCGACAGAUACGAUUGGACAUGUGAUGACGGGAAACCUGAUUGUGAUGAUUUGACGGACACGUGUGAGAGAUUCCUGUGCAAGUGUGACCGAGCAGCUGCCAAGUGCCUGAGAAAUUCGCCCUACAAAAGGAAAUACGCCCUGUGGCCAAAUUGGUGGUGUGGCAAUCACCAUCCAAUGUGUACCAUUUACUGA